UCUCUCUCUCUCUCUUAACUCCACGGACAGCAGCUCCCAGAACAUCCUCUCUGCUCCUCUCGCGUCGUCUCGGACCGCUCCGCCACCUUCCACCAUUACGUCCCAACGCAGAACGGAUGUUUUAGCGCGCGCCUCGCGGACUCUGCAGAGGAAGACAAUCAUCGCCGCCGUGGUUGGUAUCGUUAUGGUUCUGGCUCUCAUUAUUGCGAUUCCCCUGCUGGUCCAAACCUCCCGGACCGAUGCGCACUACGAGAUGAUGGGAACGUGCCGGAUGAUCUGUGACCCGUACAACCCCAAACCGAGCGCCACGGCUCUGGAGGUCAUGCAGGACCUGAAUGCCAUCCCAUCUCCCAGCUUAGUUCAAGGGACUAAAGGCGAGCCGGGUCGGCCGGGGAAACCCGGACCGAGAGGGCCUCCAGGCGAGCCAGGACCACCCGGUCCAAGAGGGCCGCCGGGAGACAGAGGAGAUUCUGGGAAGCCGGUUUAUCCCGGUUUGCUGGGCACCGCAAGGACGGAGACAAGUGAGGAGCUGAGCUCUGCUGUCGAGGAGGCAAAGAUCGCGUUUUAUGUGGGUCUGAAAAACCCUCAUGAGGGGUACGAAGUGCUGCGGUUCGACGACGUUGUCACGAACUUGGGAAACCACUACGACCCAACGACUGGCAAGUUCACGUGCCAAGUGUCCGGGAUUUACUACUUCACCUAUCACGUAUUGAUGCGUGGAGGAGAUGGCACGAGCAUGUGGGCAGAUUUAUGUAAAAACGGGCAGGUCCGAGCCAGCGCCAUCGCGCAGGACGCUGACCAAAACUACGACUACGCCAGCAACAGCGUCGUCCUGCAUCUGGAUUCUGGGGACGAAAUUUAUGUGAAAUUGGACGGCGGGAAGGCGCACGGCGGGAACAACAACAAAUACAGCACGUUUUCCGGGUUCCUUCUGUACCCGGACUGAUCCGGGACACCGGGUCAAAUCCACAAAUCAACUUCAGCUGGUUGGGGCCAUUUAACUCCACUGAGAAGACCAUCAGAGGAGAGCCGCUGCUCACCUUCACCUUUUAAACCUUUUUUUUAAGGGGGAAUAAAUUUUCCGCCAACGAGGAUAAAAUAAUUCCACUUAUUUUCAGCUGGACCACCAAACAUCAGCGUUCUGCUUCAGAAAUAAGUGAAAUGAUUCAAUGUAAGAAUA